AACAACUAAUGUCUGGUGGUAAUCGCCACCAAAUAGAAGUUCAUUGAAGUUUGUAACUUUGUAUACGUAUUUUUGAGAAUACGGAAGAGAUAAAAAGAAAAAGAAAGAAGAUGUGGAUUUCAAGAAAUCUGAAAAUUUUCCUGGUUCCUCCAAGUGGUGACGCAAGUACUUUGGUGUGUUAAAGUAUUGAAACAGAUAGGAGUGAGUCAUUCUAUCAUCUAUACAGAUUAGAGACAAAGGGAGAGAGAUGGGACGUACCACAAACAACAGAAGAAAUACACAGGAAAACUCGAGACUCAUUACAGGAAAAAGAAGGAGAAGAAAGUAAGAAAAAAUAAAAUAAUAAAGGUUUUUGUUGUCUGGAAUCUUGAUCAACUAUGACUCAACUACUGUUCUAUAAUCGUUUGCAGCCGAUUAUAGGUUUGGACAAAAUGUUUGUUUUCUUAGCUUGUUAUUGAGAGUCCCUGAUCAAACAAAACAAUGCUAUUUGAUUUAGGAAUGACUAGCUUUUAGUUGUUUAUUUUAGUUGGGAUUCUAGUACUUGGGAAUUUAAAGUGUUGGAGAAAUUAGGUUCAAAUUAGGUUAUAAAUAAAGUGCUCUGCGUAGAUUUUAUAGCGUAAAGAAACCUUAGUAGAAAUUGUAGUAAUGGGGUUGCCUCAAGCAUCCUCCAGCAAAAGCACGGAUGAAGCGGAAUCAAAUUUGAUUUCGUAUGUCGAAAACUUACCUCCGUUUGCUAGUGCGAGCGACAAUAUUCUGGAUGGAACCCAUAUGGGAAGCACUGGUGAUACGAUGACUGGAGAUUUCCCAUUUGGAGAUUUUCAGAGGAAGACCAGCUUGGAAGCUCCAAAAGGCACAACUCAGCAUCUUAAACACAAGGGUGUUAUUGAUGGUAGUACAUCUAGUGAUUCGACAAGAGUUGGUUUUCAAGAUAAGCAUAGUUUGUAUACUCCUAGAAUUGGGUGGAAUGUUCAGAGUCCUGUUUCAAGGAUUGUGGGUUUUGAUUCAGGUAACGCAUCAGAGUCUUCUGUUAGUAACGGGCCUUCCGCUUCUGGUAUUGGUAAAAAUGAAACUGAAACUGAGUUGCAUGGGUCAUUAGUCAAGAAGCGGUUGCUGUCUCCUUUGAAUGGAAUGCUUUAUCCACAAGAAAUCAACGGUGAUCCACUAGAUAUCAAUGGGGAUGGUAAUCGUAUGAAUUCCUCAAGUUUGUGUUGUGAUGUUAAUGUUUCUUUAAUAAAAGACCAUAACAAAGCCAAUGCUAGUGACAAUAGUUAUUUCAAAAUCCCAAGUUCGUCUCCAUCUAGUGGCACAAAAUGGGAAUUUGAUGUUCGUAAUAGAAGAGGUUUGAGUUUUGUAACUGAUGGUCCGUUGCUUGAGAACCAUGAACGUUUACUUCAGACUCAUUCUUUUUCACCAGCUGUUGGGUCUUGUGGAGAAACAACUAAAAUAAGAACCCGAAGUGGUGCAAUAGCGAUAUCUCCGGAAAAGGUGAUAUCACCACCUCUAUCGCUGUCUCCCCUCGGUCCUAGAUUUUCCGAAAGAAUGAAAAUUGGAAGAGAGGUGAAGAUCGAAAUGGAGCGUAAAUACUUGACCUCAAAGAAAAUUGAUAAGUUGGGCAUUUCGUUUUCUCAGGAUGAAGAGUUUGGAAUUUCCAGUAAAUCGCUCCAAGAUCUUGAUACGUUAUAUAAAGGUUAUGAUCCAUGCACACCAGAAAGUCCCAUUUUCAUGGGUCAGCAUUGUGGCCCUUCUUCAGCCCCAACGCCUCAGUUCAUUAAGUUCAUUAGAAGUAUGGGAGGAACUCCUGUCAGGCGGUCGCUGGUUGGUUCUUUUGAAGAAUCUCUAUUGUCAGGAUGUUUUUCAUCUGGCAAAGUCAGCCGGAAAUUUGAGGGUUUUCUGGCUGUUCUAAAUGUUACUGGAGGAAACUUUUCUCCACCAGUGCAGAAGCUUCCUUUUGCAGUAACAAGCGUGGAUGGUGACAACUACUUACUGUAUUAUGCAUCUAUAGAUUUAGCUGGAAAUGUCCCAGCAAACAAGUGCAAAGGAACGACUAUGAAGAAGAGCCUCAACAAUGAUAAUUCCCGAGCUACCAAGAGCCGACUGCGUGUCCCUAUGAAGGGGCGCGUACAACUGGUCCUCAGCAACCCAGAAAAGACACCUGUUCACACCUUCUUCUGCGAUUAUGAUUUGAGUGACAUGCCAGCGGGAACCAAGACAUUCUUGCGCCAAAAAGUCAUUCUAGCCUCUUCUGGACCGAAUUUUAAUCCUAUUAUCGGAGGUGCUGGCAUGAUGAGUGAACCCAAGACGGCACAAGUAUCGAGAACAUGUCAUCUCGGACAGCUUAUUAAGGAAUAUGAGGAUACACAUGGAUUCACCAGUAGCGAAUGCCAGAAGACUGAUGGGGAGGAGCAUGACCCAGUUGACGAAGAUAUAUGCCAAAAUGAACCUUUUAAGAAACUAGCUCCAAGUAGUUGUUCAUCGAAACUGAAUGAGAAGAAAACUUCCACUAGUAGUAGUUGUGCUCGUGUUUUACGGUAUGCACUUCAUCUCCGAUUUUUAUCUCCUUCUCCCAAAAAAGUUUCAAAGUCAGCGAGACGCAAUUCCGAUCCUUUACUUGGAUCCCAAGGAAAUAACAAGGACAUUGGAGGAGAGCGGCGUUUCUACUUGUACAAUGACUUGAGGGUUGUGUUCCCUCAACGUCACUCAGAUUCUGAUGAGGGCAAGUUGAAUGUUGAGUAUGAUUUUCCAGCAGAUCCGAAAUACUUCGAUAUCAGUAACGAUUGACAGAACAAGUUCUCAUCUCUGUAGUCAGAAUUAGUUUGGGUCAAUGUCCUCCUUGGAGGUUCUAGUUUUCCAUUUCUGUUGAUAUUUUGUAUAUUCUCAUCUCUAUACCUAGAUGUAAGCAAGAAACUUGAUGGUGGGGCCUGAACAAGCUCAAUGCCCUGCUUUCCCUUCAAGUGUAAAGUACUUUUCAAAAAAUAAUUAUGCACAUUGUUGAUUCGUAUAUCCUAAUAUAACUUGGAUUUGGUUUCCUUGA